AUGAAUCAACUAUCCGAUGAAAAUGUUUCAAAUGUCAAGUGCAGUCAGCUAUGCAAGAGCACGAAGAACGUAAAUAAAAAGGCCAAAGACCCUGAAGCAACUGACGAAGUAAAUAGUGUAGAUCAAGAAAAUUUAAGUGAAUUAUUAACAAAUACACUUAACAUUAAAAAAUCUAAUAGCAACUUAACCAAUGGUACAAGUGAUCAUUCUGUAGAUGAACGUGUCAGCGGUUCCAUUUCUAAGUCCGAAGCUCAAGAAGCAACCGCUUUUGAAGUUGCAACAAAUGUAAAUAGGGUGGAGUGUAAUGAAGAUUCUGUUAAAUCGAAUAAUCAAGAUACUUGCUCUCUGCAGAAGAAUGGUGACAGUAAUCCGGAGAGCCAAUCUAUAGACACACAAGCUGACGUAAUUGACAUUAUAUCAUACGAAUCUGAAUUACAAAUGCCAGAAAUUAUGAGACUUAUACAAAAAGAUUUAUCAGAACCAUAUUCUAUCUAUACUUAUAGAUAUUUUAUACACAACUGGCCUAAGCUUUGUUUUUUGGCAACACAUGAAGGAAAGUGCAUUGGUGCCAUCGUAUGUAAGUUAGAUAUGCAUCGCAAUAUUGUAAAAAGAGGCUACAUUGCCAUGUUGGCAGUUGAUAAAAAGUACAGGAAAAGGAAGAUUGGCUCUCGGCUAGUUCAAAAAGCAAUAAAGGCAAUGAUUAAUGACAAUGCUGAUGAAGUUGUACUGGAAACAGAAAUCACAAACAAACCUGCUCUAAAAUUAUAUGAAAAUCUGGGCUUUGUAAGGGAUAAACGCUUAUUUCGAUAUUAUCUUAAUGGUGUAGAUGCAUUGCGAUUGAAGUUAUGGCUAAGGUGA